AUGGAAACUUACAAUCUAUACGAAAUUAUCAGAACAUUUAUAUGUCAAAGAUAUCUUGCUCCGUUUCCUGGUGACAUAAAUGCUCAAAUUAACAAAUUUAUAAAGUAUCAACAAGACAGUAAAUUAAAAACAUCAAUUAAAUCAAUCACCACCAAUUAUAUUAAAAAUCAAACAAUUAUAUCAUUAUGGAAAGGUGAUAUUACAACAUUAACAAAUAAGUCUGCUAUUGUAAAUACUGCUAAUUCCGCAUUAUUAGGUUGCUUUCAGCCAGCACAUAAAUGUAUUGAUAAUGUUAUUCAUUCUGCUGCUGGUCCAGAUUUAAGACAGGCAUGUUUUGAAAUUAUACAAGAACAAGGACAUGAAGAAGAAACAGAGGGGGCUAAAAUCACACCAGGGUUUAAUUUAGAUGCUAAAUAA